AUGUCGAAGUCUGGUAAUAAUAUUCCUUUCGAUAAAUCCCCUUUUAGUGCUGCCUCGAAACCAGACUCCACUGUGCCUAUACCGUAUCCUUACGAAGUUGUUCGACCAGGUGAUAUCCCACAAGAAGUUCGUGAUGAGCGUUUCCUGGAAGAAUUUGAGCCUCCGCCGCACGAACCGGGAGGUGAGGGAACGCUGCGUGAUGUCCGCAACGACCGGUUCUACCACGGAGGACUGUUGACAUUGACAAGCAACGCUAAUCAAUUAGUGUACCCCAAGCCCAUGAUUUAUGACCCUUACCCCGACUAUAAUUCGGAUGAAUGGCGGGGGACCUGGAAAGGCCAAUUUCAUCCCUGUGAAGGCCCGCGAGGUACGAAUCUGGACCGUCGUAACCCGGAAGACAUGAUGUCUGUCUACCCCGGCAAUCAAAAAGAUUUUCCUCGCCCAGCGCUUGGUGCGUAUGAUGCCAUGGGUCUCGAUAGCCAAGUUUGCGUCGAUCGCUACUCUCGUUACAGUAUUUACGGUUAUUCUGAAAAUGAGACCGAAAGCGCUUUUGGGUUUCACAAGCCAUCCAAGGUCGCCUGGGACAUGCUGAAUUGGGGGCAGUUACAGUCAGAAUGCUUCGCCAGGAAUUCUGGACGGUACAAAGUCAAGAGAACUAACAUCAAUGACACUCUGGUGCCUCCCUCGCAGCACUCGGGGAAAAGCGAAUCCGGAACAUUAGGUGCUAAAAAACGAUUUACUUCGUCCUCUUCCUCUUUACUUUUCUCGCGGCAUGCUUCACGGUCGGCGGUAAUCUUUCGUGUCUGGCAUAGUUUGGAGUGGACUCCGAAUAUUAUACAUUAUGUUCGCUCUAUUAUUAUGGAGCUCUCUCUGCAUAGUGGCGCCGAGUAUGAGGUUUUUAUUUUGGUUGAUGUUAAGGAUAACAUUCCGAUUAAUGUCAGCGGUGCAGAUGUCCAACAUCUCAAGGACAUGUGUAUUCCGGCAGAGUUCCAUAACAUGACGAUUUUCUUUAAUGACGAAGUCCUAAAAGCAUGGUAUCCUAAUGUCGGGGAACAUCGACCGAUUUUUCAACACUUCCAGCCCGUGCAGAUCUUCUCGCAACAGUAUCCCAAUUUCGACUAUUACUGGCAAUUGGAAUUGGAUUCUAGGUUUACCGGUCACUUGUAUCAUUUCUUCGAUAAAGCAAUCGAGUUUGCCCGAAAGCAACCCCGAAAGUACCUUUGGGAGCGGAAUGCAUACUUCUACGUCCGUGAUGCCCAUGGGCCCUGGGACAGAUUUAUGCAGAUGGUGGACCAAUCCAUGGUUGGUCGCGACAGUGUUUGGGGGCCUGUCCCGAAGGAUAACGUGACUCCAAUCGGGCCUAAGCCCCCAGUGGAUAACCCGGGAGAGGAUGAUUACGAAUGGGGCGUGGGCGAGGAGGCUGAUAUGAUUACCUUCCUGCCAAUCUUUGACCCUAGGGAAACUCAAUGGACGUUCCCCAAUACGCUCUGGAAUGUUCCUCUAGAAACCCCUCGUCGUGCCGCCGUGGUCACCAUGUCUCGCGUGUCGAAGAGACUAAUGAACUUGAUGCAUGAGGCUCAGGUCGAGAAGGGUUGGGGUAUUGUCUCAGAGAUGACGCCAGCAUCCUUUGCACUCUGGCAUGGCCUUAAAGCCGUGCACGUACCUCAUCCGAUUUACGUUGAUGGCCAAUGGUCACCGAAAGAAUUGGCCGGCCUUAUGAACCGGGGCGAACCGGACAAAAUCAACGGCGGGUCAGAUAGUUUCUGGAAUUUCCAUCAUGCAUGGGACCACAUCGUGUACCGACUUUCUUUUAUGUUUGCAACGCAGACAGCUGAGGAUCUUUACAGACGGUGGAUGGGUUACAAGGCUGAUAAAAAUCAGGUCAUGGAUACUAUUCCGCACCAAGACGCCUUUGGGCGGAACUGGUAUGAUAGCGGCGAAUUGGUAUUUUCCCCACGUUAA